GAUCAAUCAUGUCUUACCGUACUCAACCGGGUUUAUACGGCCCUUCCCUCCUACCCCGAAAGACGGAACCCAUGUGGUAUACCAAGUACACAAAAGAAGCGCAAAUGGAAACACUACUGCGAAGGGAGGAGGCAUUGCGAGACAAGCGUGAUACCAUUGAAUGGCCACGAUUUCGCUCAACGCUUGUCUCUAACGUACCAGAAAGGGAUCCUCGCGGCAUGGACGAUGAUAGCUUUGCAGGGUCGAGUAUGGGCGAGCACAGCGAUAUGGGUGGAGAGAUAUUGGGGGAAACAGACGAGAGUUUUGAUGCUGACGAUGAUUUGAUGAGUUGAAGCAGAUUCUAGAAAAUGUUGGUGGGACUUGCCAGGCAAUAUAGGUGAUGGCUUCAUUGUGUAUAUAUAAUUAUCUUUAAACUAAGGUAUCUGGAACGUGC